AUGAUGAGCGAUCAUUUGAGGGAGAGGAACUGUAACCUGAUGAUGUCGAAGGCACUGGAAGAUAGAGCUAUCGGUGAAGUUUCAGAUGAUGAGAUGAUAGAGAAACAUAGGACGAAAGCUCAAGGACAUGCUGAAGCGGAAGACAGUUGGAUCCGAGCUAUGUCUGAGGAGAUAAGAUCGAGCAUCAUGGUUGUUCUGGUCAAUAUGCGAUCCCGCUCAACGUAUCACCAGAUAUUCACAACCAACCCAAUCAUCCCAGGUAAGAUUAACUACAGCAUCGAUCCCACUCAAUUCCCCGAUUUUACCUCAUCGCUUCCUCCUCUCACAAUCGCUGGAAUUCCUGAUCUCCCAACUCCUCCAACAGGCGAGCAACAUGAAAAAGAAAUCUUCCAAGGAACAGAAGUGGUGAUGGAAAGUAAUGAUGAUGUCUUGGAAGAGGCUGAAGAUUCUGGCCCUAUUUUAGAGCUGUUACCCUUCUGGCCAUGUUCAUCUCCUGGGUGUGGUGCUAUGUUCCACAAACCUACGGAUCUCGCGGAUCACCUAUCGAUUCACGAUGACAGCACCCUUGGUGUGUUCAAGUGCCCAAGAUGUGUUAAUUGGUAUCGACGAGAGAAGGAUGUCAUCACUCACGCCAAAACACAUAACCUGAAGAAGGCGAUCCGUUGUCCAGCUAGACAUAACAAUGGGACCGUGUGUGGAAACCUCUUCGCCAACGCCACCCAAGUGAGGAAUCAUGUCAAGACAUUCAAACGUCACUUCGAGCUACGACCUAUACGAUUCGCGUGUCCAAGGUGUGAUAGGACAUUCGGCGUGAAGUUCAAUCUGGCUCGGCACAUCCAACAACAUGAACAAGGUCGGGUUCCGUGCUAUCAAGGGUUUGGAAAAACCUUUGCCGCUCAUCAUAUCAUGAUUGAACAUGCGCAGAACCAGCAUUAG